CGCGACGUCACUCCUCACUCGUCAGUCGUCAGUACUACGCGACAGUGUAACGUGCAAACGUGCGAAGUACAUCGCAUCCUCUCAUGGAUUAUAUCUUGAAUGGUCGCGAGACAAGGUAGCAGAGUUGUAGGUGAUGUGGCCCUUUUUUGUCCUCGUGUUCUUAGAUGGCUCUUUAGCAACUCCAAACGAAAGCAACAUCGUAGAACAUCAAGUAACCUCAGAAAUGGCUCACGCUACCCUUUCAAAGGUUAAUGUGUCUGAUCUGAUGGGUGAGGGAUGCAAGACUUGCACGCAGCAACAGACUGGCUACUGUCUCAGCGAGGACCUCGUCAUGGACCACUGCUUCUGCGACCACAGACAUAAGGAACGGCUGGGCUACAUGCAGCACACUUGCUACGUGCCUAACCGCUUCCAUCCCACGUUCGCCACUGACUGUCUGGAGUACGUGCGAGUGCUGGAGUGCUGCUGUCACGCCGUGCUGCUGCCGCGCUUGAGGGAUAGAGAUCGAAAUGAGAGUAUUCCCACACCCAGCAGCAUAGCCGUAACCCCAUUACUGCUUCAAAAAAUCACUGAACAAAUUGGUGGAGUGAAGGAAGAGGCUUCUAACGGCUUAACUUCCGUCCACUUGGCUUCUCCAACCUGGUUACUUCCGGUAGUAAUCGCACUACGUCAUACUUCCGCCCUGGACCCCUCCACUGCAUAGAGUCGUCACACCGCACUGCUAACAACCACUUACUGUACUUUACAAUGGCUGUGUCUCGUCAAGUCUUAGUAAAAAUAGCACUGUGUACAAAUGUAUGUAUAUAAAGGAACGGUUGCUUAUUUUCUUAUGUGAAGAAAUAAAUUAUUUAUUGAACUGUUUAA